GGCAAAACCCUCUCUCCUCGCGUUCCCCCAACCCCAAACUCCCAAUGGCAGCCACGGCGAUGGAGCACGACGGCGGCGGCGGCGCAGAGGUGGUCACCCCGGGCGAGCUCCUCGGGGCCUCCUCCUCCCUCGCGGCCGGGCGCGGCGCCUACGCCGACGGCCACUCCGUGCGCGCGUCGGUCACCGGCCGUCGCCGAAUCCUGCCCCCCACUCCCGGCUCCUCCGACCAGCAGAGGUCCACGGUGGAGGUUGUCGGGCACAAGGCGCACGGAGCCGUCCCGCAGCCGGGAAGCGUCGUCAUUGCCCGUGUGACGAAGGUUAUGGCUAGGAUGGCUUCUGCAGAUAUUAUGUGUGUUGACUCAAAGGCUGUCAAGGAAAAGUUCACUGGCAUGAUAAGGCAACAAGAUGUUCGUGCAACUGAGAUUGAUAAGGUGGAUAUGUACCAGUCAUAUCGACCGGGCGACAUUGUCAGAGCUCUGGUUCUUUCUCUUGGUGAUGCGAGGGCCUACUACCUUUCAACUGCCAAGAAUGAACUUGGAGUCGUUUCUGCCCAAAGUAUAGCUGGUGGUACUCUGGUACCAACAAGUUGGACUGAGAUGCAGUGUGAGUUGACUGGCCAAAUUGAGCAAAGAAAAGUUGCAAAAGUGGAAUAGAUCCCGUUACUUUGCCUUGAUAGGAAGGUUAUGAUGAUGCUACCUGGGAUAUGCCUGAUCAACGACGCUGAGUCCUAUCGGGAUGUGAUCAUUGCUGCUGGAUUUAGCUCAUUAAACUUACUAUUGUGGCAGAAUCUCAUGUAGGCUUUUGAGUCUGAACUUUCAUGUGUAUCGUGUAAUACAGUUAUGCUUCUGGAAUGUAAUUUAGGUGUUGAUACAA